AUGACGCAAAUGAAAAAUGAGUUCGGUGUCUGGGACUACGUAGUGUUUGUGGCUAUGCUGGCCAUUUCAUCAGGCAUUGGGAUCUUCUUCGCCUUGAGAGGCGGCAAACAGAAAACACAAGGUGAGUAUCUGAUGGGAAACAGAAAUAUGCCAAUAAUACCUGUGGCCAUUUCCAUUUUGGUGUCUUUCAUGUCGGCCAUCUUGAUUCUGGGAACUCCUGCAGAGAUGUAUACUCAGGGAACAGAGUAUUACAUCUCUCUCAUUGGAAUGUUGCUGGGAAUCGCCAUAUCGGCUAUACUGUUUGUGCCUCUUCUGUAUCCCUUGAAGCUGACCAGUGUAUUCGAGUACUUGGAGAAACGUUUCCAGUCUCGCAGCACUAGACUGGUGGGAACCGCUUUGAUGAUCGUCAAUCAGAUUGUCUAUGUUGGGCUUGCAUCGUUUGCACCGUCUACAGCUUUCAAAGCGGUGACCGGAUUUCCGGUGUGGGCCACGAUUGUUAUCACCGGCGCUAUAGGAACAUUCUACACGUCAGUGGGAGGUAUGAAAGCUGUGAUAUGGACCGACGUGUUUCAGGCGUUUAUUAUGAUUGCUGGCGUGCUCUCCAUUGUGAUCCAGGGCACUAUCUCAGUUGGAGGAAUAUCACGUGUAUGGGAAGUGAACGAGAGAUGGGACAGGAUCAAGUUUUUCAACUUUGAUGUGAACCCAACUACUCGUCAUACAUUCUGGAAUUUAGUCAUUGGCUCGGCAAUGGGCUGGGUGGGAGCCUAUGGUAUUGGUCAAGCCAGCGUUCAGCGAUACAGCAGUCUGCCCUCACUAAGUAAAGCUAAAAUCUCUGUACUGCUGAAUAUGUUUGGCUUGAUCAUUCUGAUGACCUCAACCUGUGUGGCAGGCAUAGUCUUGUUCGCAUACUACGCUGCUAAAGAUUGUGACCCUUUAGGUUUAGACCUUGAUGUCAACCUUUACAACUCUAACCAGCUGGUCCCAUACUUCGUGAUGGAAACACUGCGCUAUCCCGGCGUGCCUGGCCUCUUUGUUGCCUGUCUGUUCUCUGGUGCCCUCAGUUCAGUGUCGUCGUCCCUGAGUGCCUUAUCAGCGAUCACAUGGGAGGAUAUCCUCAAACCUCACUUUGACAAAGGAUGGUCAGAAUAUAAGAAAACUGUUUGCACCAAGUUGUUAGUAAUUGGCUAUGGCUGUCUGGGCGUGGGAGUUGCAUUUGUUGCCGAACUGUUGGAAGGGACCGUUUUACAG